UGCGCGUCUAGCUGUGCCCCCAGCUUGCGGCAGGUAAUAGCCACACAAGCUCUUUCUGACAAAUCUCUCCGCAUCGUGCCCUCGCCCUAGAGGUGAAUAGUUUAAUUGGUUUAGAAACGAGCAGCCCACAAUAGAUGUCUGAGAACACAGACCUCAGUAAAAAUAUCUUGAAGUUAAAAGAGGAAAAACAAUCUCGUACAGAUUUUAAUUACAGCUGAAAAAGUGCAGUCUUUCCAGCGCGUCUCACCGCGCGCCGAGCGCCUGCUGCGCGGCUACCAGUAGCGAAUGAAUGAAAUGCAAAAGGGGCGACGGAGGAAAGGAGUGCAAUCGUAGCCCUCGAAGGGGUUCGUCAGCUCCGCGGCCCCCACAACGUCACCAAAGCCGGGACUGUAAGAGACUAUAAAGCCCGCUGCAGCGCCUGAACCUCAGUGAUCCAGCCGGUGCCCGGGAACUCGCGCAGGGGCGAUCCCGGAGUUCCCCGCAGGUGACAGCUCCUAACAACUCGCUUCUCGACUGUCUCAUCCUUCCUGCCGGCUAGAGACGCAAAAUCCUCGGAAAAAAGUGCUUCCCCCGUUACCCAUCACCUGCUGGCUCAAAGCAUUUCUUAACCAUCAAGGGCUGCGGUAGCCUCUCUACCUUGCUUCCAGGCGGAGCUGAGGUCUGCCCACCAGCAAAGGGACCAGGAAGCAGAGAAGACCUUCGGCUGGCGUCCGUGAGUGGGGAGAUCGGGGCUGCAGACUAGCCUCGAUGGGUUCUCUCCCCGCAGCCGCGAACUGGACCGACCGCGCGAGCACGGCGGGCGCGGAUCCCGGGAACCUGAGCGCUGCGCUCGCGGCAGGGGCCGCUCCGGGGGCGACUGAGGCUGAGUGGCUGCACCUGCUAGUCCAAGCUGGCAACCUCUCGGCCUCGUCCUCUGCCCUAGGACUGCCCGCUGCCUCCCCGGCGCCUUCGCAACCCCGGGCCAACCUCACCAACCAGUUCGUGCAGCCGUCCUGGCGCAUCGCGCUCUGGUCCCUGGCAUACGGCGUGGUUGUGGCGGUGGCGGUGUUCGGGAACCUCAUCGUCAUCUGGAUCAUCCUGGCCCACAAGCGCAUGAGGACCGUUACCAACUACUUCCUCGUGAACCUGGCUUUCUCCGAUGCCUCUAUGGCUGCCUUCAACACCUUGGUCAACUUCAUCUAUGCGCUUCACAGCGAGUGGUACUUCGGCGCCAACUAUUGUCGCUUCCAGAACUUCUUUCCCAUCACAGCGGUGUUCGCCAGCAUCUACUCUAUGACGGCCAUUGCCGUGGACAGGUAUAUGGCCAUUAUUGAUCCCUUGAAACCCAGACUAUCUGCCACAGCAACCAAGAUCGUCAUUGGAAGUAUUUGGAUUCUAGCAUUUCUACUUGCCUUCCCUCAGUGUCUUUACUCCAAAAUUAAAGUCAUGCCAGGCCGUACUCUUUGCUACGUGCAAUGGCCAGAGGGUCCUAAACAACAUUUCACCUACCAUAUUAUUGUCAUUGUACUGGUGUACUGUUUCCCAUUGCUCGUCAUGGGUGUCACAUACACCAUUGUUGGAAUUACUCUUUGGGGAGGAGAGAUCCCAGGAGACACCUGCGACAAGUACCAUGAGCAGCUAAAGGCUAAAAGAAAGGUUGUAAAAAUGAUGAUAAUUGUCGUGGUGACAUUUGCCAUCUGCUGGCUGCCUUAUCAUAUUUACUUCAUCCUCACAGCAAUCUAUCAACAGCUGAAUAGAUGGAAAUACAUCCAGCAGGUCUACCUGGCUAGUUUUUGGCUGGCAAUGAGCUCUACCAUGUACAACCCCAUCAUCUACUGCUGUUUGAAUAAAAGAUUUCGAGCUGGCUUCAAGAGAGCAUUUCGCUGGUGCCCUUUCAUUGAAGUUUCUAGCUAUGAUGAGCUGGAGCUCAAGACCACCAGGUUUCACCCGACUCGGCAAAGCAGCCUUUACACGGUGACCAGGAUGGAGUCCGUGACAGUGGUGUUUGAGCCCAGUGACCCAGACAACUCCAAAGCCAGUCGAAAGAAGAGAGCAACCCCAAGAGACCCAAGUUUCAGUGGCUGUUCCCGCAGGAAUUCCAAAUCUGCCUCCACCACGUCAAGCUUCAUAAGUUCACCCUAUACCUCCGUGGAAGAAUAUUCCUAAAUCCAUUUUCUGAAGUGCAAGACUAGCGUUAGGGCAUCAUGGUGCCAGCAUAAGCCCCCAUUCUCCUGUUUAGCAGUCCUGUCAUACCUACUCUCUGGAAACAGAGGGCAAUUUUGGAGCAGCUAUGCUUCAAUUGAGAAAGGUAGCAGAGAAAUGUAACAAAGACACUAUUAAGAGAUUUACCCCCUCAAAAAUAAAAUGGGCUCUUAAUUUAUGCUUUGAAAAUUCCAAAUUAUUACAUGCAACAAACUAAACAUAGAUCUGAAAAAUACUUCUAAAAUGUUUCAUUUUUCUCAUUUAAAAGUUGCAAUUACAGGGGUGCCUGGAUGGCUCAGUCGGUUAAAGCAUCAGACUCUUGAUUUCCGCUCAGGUCAUGAUCUCACUGUUGGUGAGUUCAAGCCCCUAGUCAGGCCAUGCAUGGACAGUGAGGAGACUGUUUAGGAUUCUCUCUCUCUCUCUUUCUCUCUUUCUCUCUCUCUCUCUGUCUCUCUGUCUGCUCCUCCCCCACUUGCACUCAUGAUUUUUUUUCUCUCUCUCUCAAAAUAAAAUUUUUUAAAAAUAAAAGAAAUUUUAAAAUUGCAUAUGUAUUUGUGACACUAAAGUGACAUAUGAUUUUUCCAAAAGAUUAAAGAAGCUUUGUGGUGAGUGACAACAAAAUCUAUAUAAAUUGAACAUUCUCAUCUAAUAAAACAGAAAAAAGUUAAAUGACUCAUUUUUCUCAUUAGAAUGAAAGAAAAUUAGCCUCAAAGAGUAGGAAUUAAUGAAAAUCUUUACUCAAAUGAACUCAUUUGGAAGAAUGAAAAAUUUUAAAGAUUUAAAGAUUUUUCUCCAUGAAAUGUAACUGGAAAGGAAAUCUAGUAAAAUUAUUAUACAACAUACAUGUUACUCUUUUUAUUAUUUUUUCUGAGAAAGUGGCAUCAAAAGAAAAAAAAAAUCCUCUACUUUUUGACCGUUACAUAUUUUUAAAUACCAAGCUAAGAAAUAGCCAAAGUUAGGAUCUUAAAAGGACAAAGCAAAUUCCUAUGAUCCUCUUUAUUUUUCACAAAUACUUAAACAUUUUUAGAAAAUAGGCAGAUUAUAGGGGCGCCUGGGUGGCUCAGUUG